GCUCGGACCUGCUUGGUGCCAUGAGGCUUUAAGUGGUAGCCGAAGUACGGCCCAUCAGCCUCGUUGUCACCACACUGCGGCGGCGAGUGUGUACUAAUUGGGCCUCCGUAACAUGCUGCAAUAUUAUAGUUUCGUCUCCAAAAGGACACCACACCGCAAGGUCCCCUCUCGUCAUUGAAUAUACCUUCCGCUGGCAGCGAGUCGUGGACUCUUGGAGUCUACAACCUGAUCGAUACCUGUAAAAAUUCAGAUGUCGAGGAACGUGGUCAUCAUUGGGCAUUCUGGGGUGGGGAAAAGCUCGCUCAUCAACAUGCUUUACCCCAAAGCCAGCGCUCUUACCUCGGACGACUUAAAUGGUUGCACAACGGCAGAAGAAACGUAUGGGCCCUGUGAUAUUGGGGAACAGCAAUAUUGUCAACUACACGAUACAGUUGGUCUUGAAGAAGGGUUUUGGGGCUUUUUUUCGGCCCUGAUAGCGAAAAGGCGGCUCAAGAAAUACUUGAAGACAAUAGACCCGCACCUUCUGGUAUACUGUAUGCCAGGAGUGAGAAGCAGCCUGAAAAAAUCACACGGGCACAAUUUUAACAGGUUCAAGUCGGCGGUGGGCAACAGAGUGCCGAUCGUAGUGGUUGUCACCAAAUUGGAAGAUUCCGGAAAUCCUGGGGAUUGGUGGCUUGCAAACCUGGAUAUGCUCAGAAAGCUCAAUAUUCCGGAGUCUACUAAGCAUGCAUGCGUCACCACGCUACCUGAGGUCCAUCUCCGCCCUGGUCUUGGUCUCUAUCAUACAUCCCGUGAGGCUGUCAAAGCCCUCAUCAGGAACAAUCUUCGCUGACAGAUUCAUCACGAUAGCGCACUUCAUGUUUCCUCCACACAUCUGUGAUAUGCAUACACACAUUUCACUCGGUACUUCAGAUAGAUCAUGGACGCACGCUACUCCGGGAGCUCGAGUAAUAUUAUUAGCAUGUGCAGAUUGCCGGAUUUCCGGCCUGUUCAACAAAUUAAUCUUCAGGAUUUUGUACCUCCUGCGUAGUGCAGUGGUAUUGGGCACUAGUAGCAUGGCCCGUCGACUUUCACCUCUAGCUAUAGCGCUUAUUUACCAGGAUUCAUCUCAUACC